AUGGAGUACCCCACGAGCUUCGACCUCUCUCCCGCUGCCGCCGGAAACCCACAAGAGCCCAACACCGAGGGCAAAGGCCUUGCCAUCCGGAAGCCAUUCGCAAGCGUGACCAACGCUAUUGGGAACCCUGCUUUGCUCUCUCUCUCGCAGCCCGGGAGGGAGGACGUCCAAAACAAAGGCGGACCGGCCACCGAUGCUGGCCACAGCCAGAGCACACACACCACAGAUACCGAUGGUGUCGUUGGCAGCGGAGGCGUCGACGAUGCCAACGGUGGUGCCCGUGAUGACCUCUCGCGGCCAAACGUCCAAACACUCCCGGCUGGUUUGGCCGCCAUGGAUCGCCCUACCGGUGGUGCCGGCAAGACCUCUACCAGUUAUACCAAUGCAGAUGGUAUGAGUAUCUGUAGCAUGGGCACUUCAGACUCCAAGGCUGGCGAUUCUGCGUACGGCACAGCCAACGAUCCUUAUGUCGACCAUGAGGUCUCGCAUAUAGCGCCCUGGGUUCAGGAUGACCUCAGUAGUCUGCGCAAAGAGUAA